CAGCCCCUCGCACCACGACCCGCAUUUGGAGUGGAUGUGGGAGGGCUGUAACAAAGCAGACUGUUUUUUAGAAACAAGGAUCGUUUGAACCGAUUUGCGUUUUCUUGCACAAGUUUGUCUGAACUUAAGGGGUCCUUAACCACAGAUGCAGAAGCCUCCUUGAAAAGAAACGACUAGAAAUGGAAACUUUAUUAUGGCCAUCUUUGAUACGCAGUUGCGGAGCUUUACUGACUUCACGUUAACCAACUGUGAUGCGACAUGAAACCGUCAAGGAGCGACUCUUUUAAAGCUGCAUGAUGGAGAUCCUUUACUGAAGUCAUUUUAAGGUUCAUUCUUGGAUGAAAUGGCAAGUCGUGCCAUAUUAGUGGAGCAGGUAGUGGUUUUGAUAUGCUUAGUGUUGAUUCUGACUGUCUGCAUCUGUGCUGGAUCUCCGAACCACAGCCAUCGGCUGAUUUGUUGGAAAGCCAUCCUCAAGUGUCACGGAGAGCCGGAGUGCAAAUACGCUUACGAUCAAUACCUACAUGCCUGCGCAUCUGUCAUAAACGGAGAAAGUAGGAAGUGUCCCAGCCACUGCAUAUCCUCUCUGAUCCAACUCAAUCUUACCCGGAACGGCCCAUCUCUGGAGGACUGUGACUGCGCUCGGGACCCGGUCUGCAGGAGCACUAAACAAGCCAUCGAUCCGUGCUUGCCUCGGACCAGCACUAUGGGCUGCACCGAGGCUAGAAUGCAGUGCGAGAUGGACUCAGCUUGCAGCUCUACCAUAAAGGAUUAUUUGUUUCACUGCCGAAAACUUUUCGGAGGACAAAGGUGCACAGAUAGUUGCCGCAGAACGAUAGCCAACAUGCGCUCCAUACCGAAGGCGCAACAGCUGGACACUUGUGUGUGUGAUGGUACUGAAAGGACCAUAUGCGAAUACAUCAAAUUAAGCAUGAAAACGUUGUGCUCUGAUUCCGGUGACAGGUUCGCAGGAAGCGGCUUUUCGGACGCUGAGGAAGAUACAGAGGAUGAUUACAUCGACCAGGAGGAUUAUCUAUAUGUGGAAAAUUCAGGCUCCCCACUUUGUCAGACAAUUUUUAACAUGCUGACCACCAUUUUGAUUUUGAGCAAAUUUAUCUGAAAAUCCACGACUAUACAUUUUAAUUACUAUGAAGCUCUAUGACUACUUGUCAUCACAGAGGAGUUAGUCAUGUAAAACCAUAUAAAUAAUGAGGAUUCGGUCUUGUUGAUUCUUAAAUUAAUCCAUGUGAUAAUGUUGAGGAGGGCUGUUUAUACAUAAGUGUAAAUUGUUGUAAAAAUUUAUAUUGUGGACAUACUUUUUACAAUUUUAUUAGUGGAAAGCAACUUGCACUAUGUGAAAAGGUGAGACCUGCUCUUGUACAGCAUAAUGUCCACAAAGGAAGGAAAUCUGUUUAGUCUAAAAGUGCCUAAAGUCCUAUUACCUGCUGUGAAAGCAGUCAUUUGACUUUACACCCCUCUAUGUGACACUAAAGUUGAUGUCAGCUACUUAAAUGUAUCACAACCCCAAGGCAGAUCUUGCAUCUGCAAAAAGAAGCUCUUAAAAUGAAACACUUGUCCUUGUAGGCAAGUAAAUUUUCACAAGGUAUGAAGUAUCCACAGAAACAGAUUAGACUAGAGAAAGGUUAGCGCCUCCUUUUGGGUAUUUGGAGCACAAAUGGAGACAGUUGUGUCCAUUUGUUUAUUAGUAUGUCUUCUGUAGACAGAAAAGAAAGAGAAAAAAGUGUUUAUGUAAGUGGAGAUGUUAAACUUCAGUUGUAAGCACAGAUUGCUGAAUGUAUGUGCAUAUUAAAUAAAUCUGAUUUUUAAAAUGAAACUUAUUUGCUUAUUUAAAAAGAAGUGUUCAGCAGUGGAAUAAAAGUAAUGUAUGAGGACUAAAAGUCACACCUAAACCACUAUAUGUCUAAUUUUUAAUGAUGUAUUGAUGGUGUGGGAUACAUGUGCUUGUUUAGACACAUGUGAGUCGUGUUGCAGGAAGUUGUCUAUAUUUACUAAAAAAAAAAA